GAACUAGCCGCUACCAAUGGGGAAUGCGCAAUGGAGCUGUCACAUGGUAUGACCACAUGACCGUGACGUCACGGUGGUCCCUUCCGAGGAUAGGAAGUAGCCGCUACCAUCUAUCAAAUAGCGUCCUGUGUUAUGAAAAUUGGGGCUGUCCCGCUAGAAGCGGAACUGCUGGGUGGUAUGCAUGCCCCCUACUAUGCGUUGCUCAUUUUUCAGAGUGGCACUUAUUGCCCUGCUCCUUGUUGCCCUCCUUCAACUACUUUAUCUUUCUCUGCUGUCUAACCUUCAUGGGCAACUGCAUCGCUCUGCCUACCCAGUGCCCGUGGGCGCCUCUCAUUCAGGCUCACAGGUGCAGAAGGAGCAUCUUAGGGCUGCAACAGUAGGUGGCAUUUUGGAUUCCAGUGGGCAAUAUUGGAUCUACCGCAAUCUGCUUCCUCAUGAAAAGGGCAAUUGGAAAGACUUGGAUGUGGCUUUGGCAUCUCACGCAAGCAUUAACAACCUGGGCCAUUUGCAAGAUCUAGUCCAGCAUUGGGAUGGAAGGAUUUCAUUGGCUUUGUUUGCUUCUAGUGCUAUGCAAUCAAAACUGGCUAUCAAGUUAAUGUAUGCCCUCUCUCAGCUCUGCCCACAUGUAAGACAACGGGUGUCAUUCCAUCUAGCAUGCAAAUCCAGUUUUAGGGUAACCAUUCCAGAUUUGGAAGAGCUCUCUGAGUUUGCCACUUUGCCUACCUGCGAGGCAGUCUUUUCCAAGGCAGCGGACAUGGGCCAUAAGGUCGUUAACUAUGCAGGCAAUGCUUCUUACCCCAACAACUUACUAAGGAAUGUUGCCAGGGCUGGUAUUGGAAGUGCCGCUUAUGUGCUAGUAGUUGAUAUUGAUAUGGUUCCUAGCGAAGGCCUACGAUCAGGGUUUGUAAAUCUUGCUACCGGAGGAGUGGAUCCACAAAUGGUUUUUGUGGUGCCGGCCUUUGAGAUACGCCAUACACGACGACUUCCUAACGCCAAGGAAGAACUGAUGCGGCUGUAUCAGGUGGGAGAAGUGCGGGCGUUUUAUGAAGAGUUGUGUCCACGUUGUCAGGCACCAACUAAUUAUUCUUACUGGAUAAAUUUGCCAGAAAAGAAACCAGGCGCAAAACUGGGCGUUGCAUAUGUUGUCGAGUGGAGGGAUCCCUGGGAACCGUUUUACAUUGGGAGUGCUGAUGUUCCAGCCUAUGAUGAGAGGUUUAAGCAGUAUGGCUUCAACAGGAUAAGUCAGGCUUGCGAAUUGAAUAUGGCUGGUUUCUCAUUUGCUGUACUUGACUCAGCCUUCCUGCUUCAUAAGGGCCACAAGCUUCCAGGUGACUUCCACAGCCAGAAAGAUGCAGAAAAUCGAAGAAAUCGACAACUAUUCAGAGGCUUUAAGGAGGAGCUAAAACUCAGAUAUCCUGAGUCUCUCCGGCAUUGCUGAUCAUGUACCGAUUUAACUGAAAGGGUUCUGGACAUGGAAGUACUGGGCACGACUGGUGAAAUAUGAUGGCCAUGUCUGGGUUUAAGGAACUAAUAUCUAGGGCUUGAAGUUUGUUUUUUAUGUUUUCGAUAAACAAAUACAGGUAUUCUGGGUGAAGUACAGUAUAUUGCUACUACUGAUUAUUGUUAUCACUAAAUAUUAUUGCUUCUGGUCUGGUAAUCAUUAGACUUAAUGUUUUCCAAAAUCUGGCCAUAAAAGCGAAUCUCUCCCUGAUAUGCGGAACUUGAGGUAGGAGAUAUCUGGCUGAUCUUAUUGUAAGUCCUAGUUCCUCUAUCCAACAGGAUUUUUAAACCUGCUGAUCGACAUCCAGUCAACUUUCAGCCAGAUAUCAAUUGGGGAAGCCUGUCCGAGGGCCCCAUACACUGCCCAAUAAGUUGCCGACUUAAUCUGUUGGCAGCUUAUAUCAUCUGUGUAUAGGGGCCUUAACGCAGGAGAACUCUCAAACUCAGCAGGGUAAAAGCAAACUUUUAACUGUUGCUUCAACUAAAAGGUGUCCUAACCACACUUAGGCGAACAGCACAAUCCGCAUUUUCUCCACUUGCUUAGAUACAAUUGGAGAACAGACCAAUCCACUCUGCCCCAUCUUCACUGUGCGCUAUGGGAUCAGUGUGUCUUUGACCUUAGCUUUUGCAGUAUGGUGUAAACUGUAGCAACAAUGGAAAAUUCACAAUUUUUAAGCAUAUUUUUUCUUAACCACUGAUUUUGACACUGAAAAGAUAUAGGGACUAAAGAUGGCCAUACAAUUUAAUCUAUCCACCAAUAUUCCCACCUAAAAUAGGCGAUGGGGUAAUCCAAUUGUUUUGACCUAGGGCAUAUUGAUUUGGUCCUACAUCCAAUGGAGAAAAUUGAACCUGCCCAAUCAACAUUUGGACAAUUUUCUGGCAGGUUUCGUUUGGGGGAGCCCAUCAGAGGGUGCCGUACAUGAGCAGAUACGCUUCUGAAUUGGUCUGAAGGUCCAGAAUUGACGUCUUAGAUCUGCUUGUAUAAUGCAGGAUGCCAUUUUGAUCAGCAUUAGUUUUAAGUUUAUGAGUAGAACUUGUGCUGAACAUAGUUCUUGUCAUUUUUUAACUUAACCUGUGCUCUUUCCAAGUUCUGGUUCUUGUAAACAGUUGUGGCAGAAGGAGAAAGUGUAUCCGAUGACCACUUCAAAGAUAAAUCCCAUGCAGCCUUCAUAUUAGACUUCAACAGCAAAAUAUUCACUAACAAAUAGGGGUUUGUUUGUACAUUAUAGCUAAUUAUCUAUAUUUAAACUUACUCAGUUGACUAUUAAAAGGUAGGGGUGUAGUAUAAAAACACAACAAUGGCCAAUAAUUCACUCGUCCACUGCUGCUGCAUGUGCCUGCAUCCAAAUACAUUGCCUUGGCUCAGUUGCAGGCAGAUGCAGUGUAUUUUGGCUCAAAAUGAAAAAUCUCACUUUUUGUGCCCCGGCCCUUAGUUUUUCUUUUAAUAAUAAGAUGCCCAUAAAGUUACACUAAUAAAGGAAGAAUAUACCAAAUCUUUAUGAAGCAUUUAUUUCAGUUGAUUUACUUUUUAAAGUUAAUGAGGACAUUAUUAUUCUGUGCAGAGAUUAUUCCUUGUUUUGUUUUUUCUUUUUACAAAAGCUUUAUUGCUUACCUUUGCUAAAAUAUAAUCUGUGUCAGAUUACAGAUUUAAAAUAGUGGAGUAAAGUAGUGUGCCAGCCCCAACACUACAUUUUGUUAUAGAAAAUGCAGUCUGUGCACUGAAAACUCUAAAUCAUACUACAUUUUUAAUGAUUAUAAUGCCUAAUUAUAUUAUAUUAUAAUGCCUAAUUUUUAAGAAGCAAACAUGCAGCAACCCUUAUCAGACAGUUAAGCUUUCUUUUGUCAAUCCUUUUCCCAGCACUACUAGUCAGCAACAUUGCGUGGCCAGACAUGGUGCUGCCAACCCUGCUGCUCUACUCUGUGAAUUGUUAAUUAUGGGUAAUUUAAUUGGCAGAUCAGCAAAUCACACUCUUUUCAGUGUAAAGUAAUAUAGUUGUAAAUGAGUGUAACCACCCUAAUUCAUAGGUGGGUGCCACUGAAACAAAGUUACAAGGAAGGAAGUAGGAAGUCCAUCAAGUUUACCAUUUGUCCAUGUGAAACCUGCUUAACUUGCAGUAAUACCAUUGUUCCAUUUAACAGAAUUCUCCUUAAAGUGGCAUUGGUACUUAUGACUCGGUGUAGCAGUAACUAAAACAGAAUGUGACAUUUACAAAUACAGUAGCUGUGCUAAAAAAUUUAAUUUAACAGUGUUUAUUUCUGCAUGUGUUGGCAUUUAGUAGAAUGGGGAAACCACUACCUUUUGGACUAGGCUUGUUCUACCUGCUGGCCUCCAGCUUCUGUGUAAGGAUAUGUAUAUAUCACAAAGUAUAAUGCCUAACUGUCACCUAGUGUUGAUAUUCUAUUUGAAAAUAUGUGAUCCUUUUACCAUGUCAAUGCCUAGAGUCCCAUGUAAGAUGAAAUAUUUAUUGGUUUGAGUGACUACUAACCUGAAUCACUGUUGUCUCUGGCUAUUUAUAUUGUUGUUUGUCCAGCUUUCAUGCAUAAAGCUGAAUGACUGUUUAAUGUUGUAACUUAUUAAGCUGCUUACUGGACACAGUGAUUUUCAUUAAACAUAUGAAAUAUGAAAAA